AUGGAUCACAGGGGGCUGCUCAGCGCCCUGCUGGUGCUGCUGGCGCUGAACGGUGCGCCGCCGCCGCCGCCGCUCGCCGUCCGGCAUGGCCGGCACCUGCUGCAGCAGGAGCAGGAGCCGGACACGUCACCGGCGCCCGGCGCAGACGAGGAGGAGGACAACCUCUUCCCGAACGACCUGUUCACCAAGGAGCAGCGCCGCACGGGCGCCAUCAUCCUGCACGUGCUCGGCAUGAUUUACAUGUUCGUGGCGCUGGCCAUCGUCUGCGACGAGUUCUUCGUGCCCUCGCUGGACGUCAUCACGGAGAAGCUCAACAUCAGCAACGAUGUAGCCGGCGCCACCUUUAUGGCCGCCGGAGGCUCAGCGCCCGAGCUCUUCACCAGCGUCAUCGGCGUGUUCAUCGCCAAGAACGACGUCGGCAUCGGCACCAUCGUGGGCUCUGCCGUGUUCAACAUCCUGUUUGUGAUCGCGAUGUGCGUCAUCUUCAGCCGGACGGUGCUGGAGCUCACGUGGUGGCCGCUCUUCCGCGACGUCUCCUUCUACGGCGUGGCGUUGGUGAUGCUCAUGGGGUUCCUGCUGGACGCCCAGGUCAACUGGGUGGAAGCGCUGAUUCUGUUCAUGUGGUACAUCGUCUACUGCAUCUUCAUGAAGUACAACGCGCACAUCGAGCGCCUGGUGAAGACCCACCUGGUCGGCAAGCGGGUCAGCCGGGUCCGCAGCACCGACCACCUGGUCGCCAACGAGAAGCGCCUGUUCACACCGAGCCGGCAGCGGCCGUCGUUCCCCUCGGACCCGGGCAGUCAGCAGGGUCUGACGCGCCGGCCGAGCACCCCCAUCAUCCACUCGGGCUCCAAGUUCCGCCAGGGCCUGCUGCAGCUCAUGAUUCACUCCAUUGACCCGAUGCACAACGGAAAAGUUGACGAGAAGGCAACGCAGCUUCAUGCCAUUGCGUCUCUGAAAGUGCUGCUUGAUACAACAAAACAAGACUUGAAGGAUGGAAAACUUCAGGUGUCCGACAUUGAGCAGACGCGGCCGGACCUGCUGCGCGGUGGCGGCUCUCAGGAAACGGAACUCACCAACGUCGACUCGUUCAACUCGUCGACCGAGUUUGGCUCUGCCAGCGUGAACGCCAUCACGGCCGCCAACGGCUCCGUGACGCCCGCCAUCCAGACGCCCAAC